AUGGCGGGCGAUGAUGCUGCAGCUUCGGAGCCUCCUAGAGUCAGACGGGGUAGCAACUUUCAAGUGGACAUCUCCCAGCUGCCAAUAGCUAGGCCCAAGCCGGCACGGUCCACUGUCUGGAAGCCGGCCCUGCAUGAAGACGACCCCUAUUGGCAGCGUCGGGACAGGUUCUCCAAGACUCUUCCAAUCACAGAGGGCCCUGCUCAUGCGCUCUGGCCAGACUACAGCAUUGGGUCCACAACAUGGAGCAUCGAAGAAGAGAAGGAUUUUGUGCUCGGCAUCUUCCUUUUUGAGAAAAACUUCAAACCAAUUUCGAGGUUCAUUGGUGACGGGCAGCAGAAGAACUUCAUUCAGUGCCGCUGGUACUACUACAACAAGUUCAAGCGCGCCCUCCAUCCCCUCUACCAUGCAUUCAAGCUGAGCAGCCUGCAGCACAGUAAGGAGCAGCACGUGCGCGGCAGCCUGAUGGUGCUGGGCAACCGCGGGCGCAAGCUGCUGGCCAGGCUCUUCCACCACGUGACCGACGCCAAGGUCCAGGACCGCAUCAUGGACGCACACAGCAAGAUGGCCCGCAAUGAGAUGAGCCUGGAGAAGUUUGUGCGCCUGCUCAGGAAGCACUCGAGUGCUGCCACGCUGUGGGCCGCGUUCAGCAUUGGCCAGGAGGACGACCUGAGCAGCUGCCACUACCACCUGUUUGCGGAGAAGAGCAGCAGGCGCAGCCGGCUGGUGGCCAACUCGCGGUACCGCGACUGCAGCACGCUGGAGAUCCAGGAGGAGCUGGCGCAGAUGGACAUCCGCGCGACGCCUACCAGCCAGAUGUCGGACCUGUUCCACAUGGGGGUCUGGCCGCGCCUGGAGCGGCUGGGCUGGCACCUGGAGACAGUGCACAAGGGCAAUGGCCGGAACAUGGUCUACUACUGCUGCCCGGCUCUGGCACGCUUCACAAAAGGUGCUCAAAGGGGGGUGGAAUACUUUGAUGCCUCGAGGGCGCUGCUGAGCUUCGUGGCACACAACCUGAGCGUCCUUGACGAAAAGCCGGAAACACCGACGGCCUACCCGAGCUCAAACUUGGACCCUCAGUAUCAAGGCGUCGAGAAGCGGGGCGAUCGGUGGCGCUCCUACCUCAUGUUUGAGCCGGAGGACGGCCAAUCCGAGCUGGUGGAGCUGGGAGACUUCACCACAGCGGAGAGGGCCGCAGCGGCACACGACAUUGCGGCGCUCAAGUACAUAGGCCACUUGGCACCGCGCAACUUCACCCACGACUUUGAGCAAGACGAGGGCCUCGCCCGCAUGUCUGCCACUGAGGCUGCCGCCUGGCUGGCGGAGCAGGCGCAGCUGCUGCCCAGCCCCCCCGCACCUCCUGCCACCAGCCUCCGCUCUCCCCACCCCUUCUCGCCCCCCAUCACCCCUCGCCCAGGAGCUCUUUCAGGGGGCUUCUCCCCUUGCUUGUCCGACCCCAUGAAGAGCCCGCGCAUGCAGCGGCCGGCCCCCUUGUCGCUGUCCCAGCUGCUGCGGGUGGCUGCCGAAGCUGCCGGGCAGGGCGAGGCCAGCAAGGGAGGGCCAGAUGAGCAGGCGCGCGAGGGGCCCCAGGAGGCCUGGUCGCCCGCCGCGCUGCAGCUCAGCCUGGGGCAGCGCAGAGCCGCGCAGCAGGGCGGGCGCGGCGCCUACGUGGAGGACGGCUGGACGGAGCAGCACGCGGCAGCGAGCCUGGUGGCGGCGGCGGUGCGGCCGGAGACCACUUCCACGCAGCUCAGCCAUCAGAUGGCUGCCAUCAAGCUGCACAGCAGCGACAGCAUCGCAGACGGCCAGGCCGGUAACGGGAUCAUCCGGAGCAGCGACAUCAAGGUUGAGGGCGCACUACCAGCUGAGGUGGCGCUGUGUGCGGAGGGCACGCACGAGGGCGACCCCCGCCAUUGGUGGAUGCAGCAAUUCCUGGAGGCCCGCGCGAGCAUGGAGCGGAGGCGGGAGGGAUCCCCGGAUGAGGACGAGUGGGAAAGGGGGCGCAGGGUGUCACGCAAGGGGAGCGAGGGGCCUGAGGGGCCGGCUGGCGCGGGCCGCCACGUGUGCCCCGACUGCGGGCUGAGCUUCGAGAGUGCGCAGCAGCUGGGGGGCCACCGCGUGGUGCACAAGCGGCCCGCUGGCAGCGAGCGCUUCCGGUGCCGCACCUGCGGGAAGGGCUUCGAGACGCUGCAGGCGCUGGGGGGGCACCAGAAGACGCACCAACCCGCGCAGCGGGCCAGGCUGCCCCGCGACGACCAGGAGACGGAGGCCAAGGGGGAUGGCCACUCGUCCCGCGCUCCGGGCCCCGGUUGGCUGCAGUGCCCGACCUGCCUGGACUGGUUCAAAAACGGGCACGCUCUGGGGGGCCAUCAGAGAGUCCACGGGGGCCAGCAGUUCCCCCCCAUGAAGGGCAUCAGGAGCGGGCCAAGGCCACCGCCUGAGAUCAACGUGUUCCUGGUGGCACGCGAGGAGAAGCCGGUGGCGUGCGCGCUUGAAGGGGACGCAGGAGACGACCUGGACGACGAGGAGGUGCUGGGGGAGAUCAUCUACCGGCAGCCGGUGAGCAUCGCGACAAAGAUGAGGGUUGCAGGGAUGCUGCACGAAGAAUAG